AUGGCCGCUCGUCAUUCGCGCAAGCUUCUGCGACCUCUGCUCUAUACCUCCGCGGCCGCGGCCGCCGGAGCGGGAGUGCUCUACAUUUCCUAUCGUCCCCGCAACAUCCCUGGCCUGGAAGCCCCCGCGGUGCCUCCCCCCGGGUACCAUGAGGGCAAACUGGUGCCUCCGAGCUUCCCGGCCAUCAAGGGUCGCAUUGAUCAGAUCCAGGACCUGAAGCGCAGCCAGACGGACGAGCCCUACGAUCUGUUGGUGAUCGGUGCCGGUGCGACCGGAUCCGGCAUUGCUCUGGACGCGGCGACCCGAGGCUUGCGGGUUGCUGUGGUGGAGCGCGAUGAUUUCAGUGCCGGCACCAGCAGCAAGAGUACCAAGCUGGUGCACGGUGGUGUGCGUUACUUGGAAAAGGCCUUUUGGGAGUUGGAUUACAACCAAUAUGCGCUAGUGAAGGAGGCGCUCCGCGAGCGCAAGUACUUUUUGAAUACCGCCCCGCAUCUCUCGCAAUGGCUGCCCAUCAUGGUGCCCGUGCAGAAACUGUGGCAGGCUCCGUAUUUCUGGGCGGGUUGCAAGGCCUAUGAUCUUCUGGCUGGUUCCGAAGGCAUUGAGAGCUCCUACUUCCUGACCAAGAGCAAGGCGAUCGAUGCCUUCCCCAUGUUGAGGCGGGACAAUGUCAUCGGUGCCAUGGUCUACUAUGAUGGCGCCCACAACGAUUCGCGCAUGAACGUUUCGCUCGCCAUGACCGCCGCCCUCUACGGCAGCACCGUGGUCAACCACAUGGAAGUCACCGGUCUCACCAAGGGCGCCGACGGCAAGCUGAAUGGUGCGCGCUUGAAGGACGUGAUCCCCGGCAAGAAUGGCGAGGAGACCGAGGAAUUCACCAUCCGCGCCAAGGGUAUCAUCAACGCCACCGGCCCCUUCACCGACUCCAUUCGUAAGAUGGAUGAGCCUGAUACCAAGGAGAUCGUGGCGCCCAGCUCUGGAGUCCACGUGAUCCUACCUGGCUACUACAGCCCUUCCAAUAUGGGCUUGAUUGACCCAUCGACCUCGGACGGCCGGGUGAUCUUCUUCCUGCCCUGGCAGGGUAACACCAUUGCCGGUACGACCGACGCCCCCACCGAGAUCACCACCCAGCCCGAGCCCUCCGAGGCGGACAUCAACUGGAUUCUGAAGGAGAUCCGCGGCUAUCUGGCCCCCGACAUCACCGUGGACCGGAAGGACGUCCUGGCCGCCUGGUCGGGUAUCCGCCCGUUGGUCCGCGACCCCAACAAGUCCAGCUCGCAGGCUCUGGUGCGCAACCACCUGAUCUCCGUGUCUCCGUCGGGUCUGUUGACCUGCGCCGGUGGCAAGUGGACCACCUACCGCCAGAUGGCCGAGGAGGCAGUGGACGAGGCGAUCAGCUCCUUCCAGCUGAAGACCCACGAGCUGAAGGAUAUGCCGGAUAUCAGUGGUGCGGGCGGCAGUGGCUUGGUGGCUGACGGCGCUGUGCUCGACGGGAGCUGCCAGACCCACCAGGUGCGGCUGAUCGGUGCCCACGGCUACUCCAAGACCCUCUUCAUCAACCUGAUCCAGCACUUCGGUCUCGAGACUGAUGUGGCCCAGCACCUGACCCAGUCCUACGGUGACCGUGCCUGGCAGGUGGCCGCCCUCUCGGCCCCGACCAAUGCUCGCUACCCCGUCCGCGGCUGCCGAAUCUCGGCCCUGUACCCCUUCAUCGACGGUGAGGUCCGGUACGCCGUCCGCCACGAGUAUGCGCAGACCGCGGUCGAUGUCAUUGCCCGCCGUACCCGCCUGGCCUUCCUGAAUGCCGAGGCUGCCCUGGAGGCGCUCCCCAACGUGAUUGACCUGAUGGGUGAGGAGCUGAAGUGGUCCAACCAGCGCAAGGACCUCGAGUGGAAGGACUCGGUCUCGUACCUGUCCUCGAUGGGUCUCCCCAAGAGCCUUCUGAGCCUGUCUCGCCAGGAGGUCUCCAGCGGUCGGGUCAAGGAGCUGGGUCUGGAGGAGCGCAAGACCUUCUCCCGAACUGAUCCCCCAGCGGACAUUCUCGAGGGCGACGUCAGCCAUACGCCUGAUCCCCUGAUCUCCCCGGACUCCCCGGCCAACAAAUAG